GGGCCGGCGCGGCGGCAGAGGCGGCCCGGGCUCGGGCGGCUGGGAUGGAGCAGAAGCGCGCCGGGCGCCGGACGACACGCCGCUGACGGAGCCGCGCCGCGUUUGCCUCGCUUCUCCGCCCGCCGCCGGAGCAGCCGGAGCCGCGCGGGCCGAGCGCGCAGAGCCGCCCUCACCUCCCGGCUCCCACGGCCACCAGCCCGGCAGAGGAGGAGCCGUCCGCGCUCCGAGCGCUCGGUCAGCCCCGAAGCUCGGCACCGCACACCAGGGUACCAUGGUCUGCAAGACUCUCUUCGCUCUCUGCAUCUUCACGGCAGGGGCUGCGGAGCGAGGAGCAGGAGGGCUGAGCUCGGCUUCGUGGGGGCCGGGAGACGUUCAAACAACGCUUUCAGUCUGGUGUUGGGCGCCCAGUUUUUCCAGAAAAUGCAGCCCUACAAGGGACAACCGACCGUGGAUAAGGCACCAGUGGAACGAGCAGCCGAGUGCGCGGACACUGGAUUGAGGGUACAGAGCCUGCCUCCGUCUGCCCCCUUGCCCGGUUCUCUUCCGGCAGCCUCUGUCCCUUCCACGGCCAUCUGGACGAGCUCUCCACAGAGCCCUCCCGCUUCCCCGACCAGUGGCACUCCCAGCAACUCGGUCUUCCCAGCCACAGCCUCGGCGCCAGCACCUCUGCUCCCCAAGAACAUUUCCACGGAGCCCAGAGAAGAGGAGACGACGAGCGGCCCGGCCUCUCACCGGGAAGGCACGAGCACAGACCCCUCACCAGCUGGCGGUGGGGUGCACUCAACAGCCACUCCCCCAGAACACAGCUCAAGCACUCCCGAGGAGGCAAGCACGCCCCCCACAGGGUCCCAGCACCCCUCGGCGGCCCCCACUGAGUCUCCCACCCUCACCUCCCCUCAGGCUCCAGCCUCAUCACCCCCACCCCUAUCAACCUCACCCCCGGAGGUUUCUUCUGCCUCCUCGGCCAGCACCAAUCACAGCUCUGCCGAGACCAGCACCAAGCCCACCGGAGCCCCGACCCCACCAGAGGCCCCAGCAGAAGAGCACAGCUCUGCCCACACACCCACUUCACAUGCCACAGCCCAGCCGCUGCCCGCGGAGACAACACCCCAAGCCACAGUGCCGACCAAAGUGACCUGUGUGAUGAUGGACAUGGAGACCACUGCCUCCCCUGGGGUGAGCAUGCAGGAAGUGGAGCAUGCGCUAAGUUCAGGCAGCAUCGCCGCCAUUACGGUGACGGUCAUUGCCGUGGUGUUGUUGGUGUUUGGAGUCGCAGCGUAUCUGAAGAUCAGGCAUUCCUCCUACGGAAGGCUUUUGGAUGAUCAUGACUACGGAUCCUGGGGCAACUACAACAAUCCUCUGUACGACGACUCCUAACGAAGGAACGUGGCCGGGAUGAGGAAGAACUGUUGUUUAUUUAUAAAGUGCUUUCCCAGUAGAAUUAAUACAAGUACCUGAUAUGCAUUGAGCGACAAUCUCUUAAGCCCUGUUUCAUUGGUUUGUUUUGUUUUCCUCCCUCUCCUCUGGCUGCUAUAACUUCCCCUUUCUGCAAAAAGAAUCAUUGUUUAAAGGUGAGUGGAGGCUUCUUUGCAGCUGAAAUGGGCCAGCCUGGAGCCGGACCACCGUGGUGGAAGCUUCCGUACCCGCUGCAGGAUCCACCUUAAGAGGGACUGAGGGCCAGGGAUCCAGUCGUUCCGUCGGGGGCUACUUUUAGGGGAACUUUUUGUUGGUGGUAUUUCUCAAACUUUUUAGUUAGGAAAUUACAUUCAGUCUCAAUGAGGGGAAAGGAAAUGAGUACUGGGAGGACUUCCCCUUCAGGUGAGGGCGCAGGGGCUGCUCCGAUUCCUUUUUAAUCUCUGUUUGUAUCUGCCAGGAUGCCUGCUUGGCUCUGCGAGCGGGAUCCCGGCUUCUUAACUGCCCAGUUAGUGGAAGAGAAAACCGGAAGGCACCCCGGGGAGGCCAGGAGGCCGAGGGACAGCUAGCAUGUUGCUGUCAGAUCGCAGCAUGCCCUCUACCUGUUCUCCCCUCCAGGCUGCCCAUCUCUGCUCUGCUCGGGAUGCCCGUUCUGGUCAGCUGCAGCCGGCUGGCAUCGGCCCCGGGGCUCUCCGCAGGAGAAGGCUGGGAGAGGAGUUUAGUUAGAGAAGAGAAAGGGGGAGGCGUGGGAGGGAGCGAGCGCUGGGGCAGUGGAGGAGGCUGGGAAGGGAGGGCACGGAGGUCCACCUGGGGGAAACGAGGAAUCAGCCCCCAAUAACUAACAGAGAUAUCCACUGCUCUGAGGAACCUCUAGAAAGAAUCCUUGCUUUAUACCCACAAAACAGCUAGCUCACUGCCUUACUGUCUGUUGGAUAAUGGCUGUAGACUGUUUUGUAAAAAACUGUGAAGGCAUUAGUCUAUCUGCGGUUGCUCAGUGAGGCAUUUCCAUAGGAAACAGACACCACGAUUAAUCCAUUUAUUCUUCCUGUUCACUUACCUUACUAAUUCUGCCCUCUAAUUAACGAACACCCCCAGGUACAUGGUCUUCAAAUCCUCGAUCUCGAAUUUUGAAAAAGAACUGAUAUUGUUUGCAGAUGGCCAUUUACUGCAGUGGGUAUCAACCGGCAGACAAUUUUGCUCCCCAACGUUAGCCAUUUAAAAAUGUCUCGUGUCAUUUUUGAGUGUCACAACCUGGGGGUGCCACUAGUAGAUAGAGGCCACGGACGCGCUGAACAUCCUACAAUGCACAAGACAGCCCACUACAACAAAGAAUUGCCUGGCCCAAAAUGUCGGUAGUGCUCAGUUUAAGAAACCCUGGUUUCUUGAAAUGCCCCUUGUGACAAAACAAGACACUCCCAGCUUAGUAACAUUUUUUAUUUUUACCUAAAUGAAAUGAUUUGUUAAAUUGUUACCUAAGAAGUAUUCAGUUUGUUGGCUGAUGGGUUGUUUUGGCAUGUGUGGUUGCCUUUUUAUUUCUGUGUGUUCUCUAGAUAGCUUUAUUUCGUAGCUAGAACUCUAUCCUCCCGAAACACCUGAUGUUAGUAACGGGCAUCUUGUGUCCUGAUUGGAGUAGGAAACUUCACGGAUUAGGAAGCAUCCAUUGGGUCCUGAUUCGGAAUACAUUCUCUUGUCCUACAGUGUCCUAAAGAACUUGAAACUGGAUCAAUUUUUAUUUCUAAACUUGGACUUGCUGCCAUGGCUGUUCUCAGAAAUGUGACCCUCAGCUCAACCUAUCACUCGCUGUGGUCCAGCAAAGUACUGACAUGAAGACCACUGUUGCCAUGCUGUUCGGAGAUGCUAGGACCUGUGCUGUUCUCCACAGCCUGCCUUCCCACACUCUGAAAUUAUUCCUAAACUCCUUACGUAUCAAAGGAGAAUGAGCAAGCCCCAGAGGUACUUUACAACAGGACCAGGUAAUGAGAAGUAGGCUGUCAGGAAAUCUGAUUAGCUCUGAUUAUUAAAAAACAAACAGACAAACAAAAUGGACAUUCUCAGAAAAAUGGCCAGGGAUGACCCAUGUUGCCCCCUCCGGCUGUGCCGGGCCUGAUUAAUUGUCUCUCUUCCCUAUCCUCCCCCCUUUAUACAGCCUGUAGGCCUUCAGUUUAGCAAAGGAGAAUUCAACAAAAACAGGACAUCCCUUUAUUUUCUCCCUUGGCCACAAACAUUUUGACAAAAUGUCCAUGAAACAGCUAGCUUUAGAGCGUUGCUCUCCUGGAUGCUGCUCCUAUUAUGACCACAGACUCAGUAAGCAUCUUCCCUUACCAGAGUCUUCUGUUGUGCAAGAGCACCUGAUGGGUUUGUUGCUCCUAUUAACUUCCACAUCCUUAUGGCAAAGAGAGGGAUCUGGGCCUAAAGCAGAUGUAUUCAGCAAGGUGACAGCUUCCCAUAAAAAAACUCUAACCCUCCUUGUCAUGGCAGUAUAAAAUACCUCCAGGGUGAACCUUAUUUUGCCAAGUACUUUUUUUCUGAGUUGGCCAAAGAAUUUGAACUGUAUUCAACACAUGUUGCUUGAAACACAUACACCCCCCUGAAAUACAUGCUGAUAAUUGAUGUCAGGGAGAUAUUCUGUCCAGGUCUGCGCAAGGGAAAUUGCUCCAGUGGAUCUAAAAAACAACCACGUUCAUCCAGGAAUAGGACUAGUCAUAAAGUGAUAGACUGUCAGAGCAGGAAGGAGGCAAGCAGCCUCUUCUAGACCGUACAUUGCAAAUGAUGAAGAGUGGGAUUCAACUUUGUUUUCUUUUCUCUUGGCCCCAGUGAAGUCUCCUGCCCUCCCUGGAUGCCUGUCUUCAUUUCUUAAAUGAGGGUGAUGCUUUCAUAUUGACCUCACCCCAUGCUACCUCACAAAUGUGUUGUGAGGAUUCAUGAAACGAUGUCUACAGUGUUUUCAGUUUCUGGAGAGAAAUAUUUAUAGACAUCUUAAGUAUUACAUAGGUAUAUAAGUGAUCUCAGUUUCAGUUUCCUGUUUGUAGUUAUACUGGUGUGUUGUUCUGACUUAAAUCUAUAAAACAACAGCUGUAUCUUGGCCACAUCAGGCAGCUGUCCCAGCUCUGAGCUACCCCCCAGUGCAUCUGACUGCAGGGUGAACCAUGCCUGGGACCAGGAGAAUGGUUUCCAUCUCCAAAUGAAAAGAUGUCCCAGGACCUAGGUCUCACAGACUAUUGAGUUAGGAUCCAGAAGGUUAGGGUAAUAUAGGAAGGAUACCUGAGCACUGAUAGCAGUAGGCCUCUGGCCUUCACCAUCCUGAAGUCUUCUGAGUUCUUUGUGGAGUUGAUUUUGGUUUGAUGUCAUCCGUUUGCCCUUCAUCUUGCUUGCAAGGGUGCACGGUUCAAUCCCUCACGUAUGGGAAAUGAAUUUUGCAACUGCGCCGUGUUGAUUUGCACGUUGGAUUCACCCUCUUUGCCUUUAACCUCUUUUUGGCAAACGAAUGUACCAUUUCAACUUUGAUUUUAAAAGUGCUAGUUGGUACUGCUAAGAGUGGUAACCGAGAGACCAACGCCACAUUGCUUUCUCGGGGUGAGUUAGCCAACAUCAUCUAACGAUGGAAAGAUGUGCAACUUCUUUGAUAUUUGAUGUCAUUGUAUCUACAUUUGUUGUAAGACAUAUUGCAUACUAAUUAUAUCGAUUAAAGUUGUUAAAAGCUUGCACCUGA